CGUGGCGAAGCUGCUGCAGGAGAGAGGAGGUAGGCGGGCAGCCCGUGCAUCCCGCGAGCUAAAAAACACAAGAAACCUUGUCGUAACCUUCGUGGUAUCAGCGGGGAAUACGGCGAAAGAAGUAAAUGCAUCUCAGGAAUCCACGGAUUACACAGCGUGCGUUUUAAAUCUGCGUAAAACUUCCCGUGCGUAAAAAGAAGCAACUCGCCUGUGCGCGCAACGAGUGCGUCGUGAGAGAGUUUCGUGCGCUGCGGUCGAGUCGCUGAAAUAUUUGGAUGACACUUUGGGUGCAACUUUUGUUUUUGAGGAGUGCGGACUGAGAGACGGGCGGGACACAGACAGAUCUGUCCACUCAAAGUCACGGAGGAUUCCCGGAGUGUGGAGACAUGAGAGUGUUCGCUGUCUGCGCGCCGCCGCUGCUGCUGCUGCUGCUGCUGCUCCAAGUUUCUCUCGGUGAUGCCUGUGCCAGUAACAAGUUCACUGAAUCAGGGCAGUGCUGCAGUCUGUGUCCUUCUGGCUUUGGGGUAAAGACACAAUGUGGGAAAGAGGAUACCAAGUGUGAGCCAUGCCCAGCAGGAACUUUUUCUUCAUCUGAGGGUCUCGGCCCGUGCCUCCCAUGUGCAAAGUGCCCUCCGAGUGUCCCCAUGGUUGCCUCUUGCUCUGCUAAACAAGACACGCUGUGUGAAUGUGACAAUGGCUUCUUCUUUCUGAGAAGCCAUGGUCUGUGUGCACCUUGCUCCAAAUGCAAGCGCGGUGAGGGUGUCGUCCGAGAGUGUGGCCCUCUGGGAGACACCGACUGCCAGGUUUGUGGCCCGGGGACGUUUUCUGAGGAGCGAAUCGGCACCAAACCCUGCCUGACCUGCACUCAGUGCUCGGACAUUGAGGUGGAGAUCCGAUCCUGUAUGCCCAACUCUGACACACUCUGCAUGGAUAAGAAGCUGCACAUUUUGUCUCGACCGGCUGAGGCUGAUGGUACCCGGGAGGCUACUCGCUUCCCAGGAGUAGACGACGUGAUUGAGGAAGAGGAGAGCAGUCCUUCCCCUGGAACACCCAAGUUUACCCCACAGGACGAGGGGGGCAGCAGCAACAUUCUGGCUUACAUGUCCGUUCUGGCUGCUGUGGUGCUGGGUCUGCUUAUUUAUGUGGCUUAUAAAUGCUGGCGAUCGUGUAAACAGAAGGCGGCUCUGUCUAAGGCCCGUGCGGCCGAGUUGGGAACAUCUCCAGAGGGAGAGAAGCUUCAAAGUGACAGUGGGGUUUUCCUGGACUCCCACAGUCUGCAGGACAACCAGCCCAGCAAAGGUACCAAGCGUGACAGCAAGCAGGACAAUCGUCUGUACAUCAACUUACCUCCGCACAGACAGGAAGAGGUGGAGCGCCUUCUACAGGAGGGAGCGGGCCGAGGAUGGAGGCAGCUGGGCGCGGCACUGGGCUAUGAACCGGAACAGCUAGACCUGUUUGGACGUGGGGAAGCCCCCACUCACACACUCCUCUCCAACUGGGCCCAGAAAGAAGGCUCCAGUCUGGGACUGCUGUGCUCUGCACUGGCUCGCAUCGAGAGGCCUGAUGUGGUGACCGCUCUUACCUGCCCCACGCAGGGCGUCUCUGUGGUCUGACCACGUUUCGGCCGCGCGCAUGUGCGUGUGUGUGUGUGUGUGUGUGUGUGACAGUCACAGACUCAAGUGAAGAACUUUGAUUGAAAUGACAAGGGAGGCACUCUUGAUACCAACACCUGCUACUGUUGGAGACGUUCACUGACGGUUCUUAUUGCUUUCAUGGACACUUACUUAUUCUGUUCUGUUUUUUUUUGAGAACCAAAUUAAUCCAGACUUUUCAAUCCCAUUUUCUUUCACCAUGUGUUUUCCCAUGGAUGUCGCUGUAUCCUUUAACCACAGAGACCACUGUUACUGAGGAAUGACAGAUGCAGUUAAUGUACAAGCUCUCAACACCAGAAGUGUUGACUGCACUGUCAGCACAAGAGGCUUCCUUUGUGGAAUCCUGGUCAGAUUGUGCUCAGACCACCGUACACCACCAUAAUUCAAACAGAAUAAUACUUACAUGAGUGUUUUGUUUUCCUAAAACCACUGUUUACUUAUUAUUUGAGUAGAAAUUAGAUUAGUACUCGGCUCCGUCUCAAGAAAUGUUCCAUUCAUGUGUCAUUAUAAGCAGAAAUGCACAGCUUAGAUCAUCCUGUUUCCCACCCUGUUUUAUGAAUCACAACUUCAGCCAAAAAAAACAUUACAGCAACACAAUUGUCUUUUUCCAAUGUGACGAGACUUUCAGCAUUUGGGCUCAUUUUCGUACACGUGAAAACCUUUAAAAAAAGUUUACAUGGUUGAGUGAUUUGAUCUCUCGAGGGGAAAUUGAAGGUUAAAUCUUCCUAACCACCUUGACGACACUUGCAGUUAUUUUCUUUAUAAGAACACUUAAACGAAUGUGUAGAUAGGAACGUCUCACUUUUGGUGCUUAAAUAAUCUGUCCCGUUCGCUGGUGUUUAUUUCUCUGUUUCUGCCGCAGCCUUGGUAAGUAUUUACGCUGAGGAUAUAUUCAUGCACCAGUGAUAUUUCAAGAAAAAAAAAGUAUAAAAACACAUUAGUUGUGUGUCUGUAAAUGUCUUAAAUCGUUGAUUAGUGUUGUGAGACUAUUCAUGAACAGAAGAAUGACAGUUAAUCCCUACGCAGACAAUCGCUUUAAACAAAAAUCCGAAGACACUGUUAACAUCGCUCCUUGUGUCCAUAUAACGCUUCUGUAUUUAUUUCAUCAUUAGUUCGAGUCUGAAUUUAAAUUAAAUCUCAGACAAACUAUGGACAUCUGCAAUGUGGUUGCUUGAUUUUUUCCAUUAUGCCAUUUUUGUAUGGUUUUGUGUAUAAGUUUUCUAUCGGUAUGUCUCUGUGUUUUUGUAAGAGUUUUAUUCAUUUAAUAAAUAACUUUGAUAAGCCAAUGCA